AGAGGGACGUCCCUUUCCCGCCCCGCCUCUCUGGGGGAAAGGCAGCGCAGGAAGCGCCAGAGGAGCCCCUCUUUGUGCGCAAUGAUGUUGGAGAGCACGGCUGCACAGGGGCAGCCCCGAAACAGAGGAUACAUCUGGGGGGUCAAGGCUGAGGGAGAACCAGCAGAAGUAUCACUGGAAAAAGCUGAGGAACAGGUGCAGGAGGAGAAACGGAGGAGUCAAUAUGGAGCAAAGAGACAAGAGGAGAGACAAACUCACACAGGGGACAAAGCUUAUAAAUGCUUGGAGUGUGGAAAGAGCUUUAGGUGGAGUAGCGCCUUUAUUCAGCAUCAAAGAAGUCACACAGGGGACAAACCCCAUAAAUGCUUAGAGUGUGGAAAGAGCUUCAGUCAGAGUGGCACCCUUAGUAUACAUGAAAGAACUCACACAGGGGACAAACCUUAUAAAUGCUUUGAGUGUGGAAAGAGCUUCAGUCAGAGUGGCAACCUUACUUCGCAUCAAAGAACUCACACAGGGGAGAAACCUUAUAAAUGCUUUGAGUGUGGAAAGAGCUUCAAUUGGAGUAGCCACCUUACUUUGCAUCAAAGAACUCACACAGGGGACAAACCUUAUAAAUGCUUUGAGUGUGGAAAGAGCUUCAGUGCGAGUGGCCAGCUUACUUCGCAUCAAAGAACUCACACAGGGGAGAAACCUUAUAAAUGCUUGGAGUGUGGAAAGAGCUUCAGUUGGAGUAGCCACCUUACUGUGCAUCAAAGAACUCACAUAGGGGACGAACCUCAUAAAUGCUUCCAGUGUGGAAAGAGCUACAGGGAGAAAUGCGCCCUUACAGUGCAUCAAAGAAUCCACACAGGGGACAACCUUUAUGAAUGCUUGGAGUGUGGAAAGAGCUUCAGGUGGAGUAGCGCCCUUACGGUGCAUCGAAGAUGUCACACAGGGGCCAAACCUUAUAAAUGCUUGGAGUGUGGAAAGAGCUUCAGUCAGAGUGGCAGCCUUACUUCGCAUCAAAGAACUCACACAGUGGACAAACCUUAUCAAUGCUUGGAGUGUGGAAAGAGCUUCAGGUGGAGUAGCGCGCUUACGGUGCAUCAAAGAACUCAUACAGGGGACAAACCUUAUAAAUGCUUGGAGUGUGGAAAGAGCUUCAGGUGGUAUAGUACCUUUACUCAACAUAGUAGAACUCACAUGGGACAAACCUUAUCAAUGUUUUGAGUGUGGAAAGAGCUUCAGUCAGAGUGGCCACCUUACUUUGCAUCACAGUACGGAUGCAUUGAACAAACCUUAUACAUGCUUGUAGUGUUGAAAGACCUUUCGUCAGAAUGGCUACCUUCAGGCACAUAAAAGGAUCCGUUCAAGGGAAGAGAUGUAUAAAUGCCUUGAGUGUGAAAAAAGCUAUAAGCAGAGUUCAACUCUUUCUGUGCAUCAAAGGAUCCAUAUGGGGAAGCCGGGCUACCAACAGGAUUUUUGUGGGGAGUUUCAGACCCCUGACAAUCUUUUUCUCUUAGCUUAACCCCAGACUGUUCCACUUCCCUCCAUUUUUCCUUUGCAGAGAAAGAGGCGUUUUGGCUUUUUCAGAGAUGGGUGAGCACCCAAGAUGGAUGCUAAGGCCAAGGUGGCUGCAGAAACCAAAGUGGUGUCUCAGUUGUCCAGUUUCCCCCCAUCAUAUCCUCCCCUCUGGCAGUUUCUAGCUGCCAAAUUCAAUAUUCAAUUAAUGACAUUUCAUGUCUUACUUUAUCUACUUCCUGUAGAUCCUCCCCCUCUGUCAUUGUUACCUCCAUGUGCAUCAUUAGAACAUCAGUUUUUGUGAUGGACUUAGUAGUCUUUGUCACACAGCGUCCAAUACAACAUAACACCAGCUGGACUGUUACAUAUAUGAGCACCAGCAAGCAUAAUCCCAUUAUAUCAUAUUUUAGCAGAUUUUUUACUAGACCUCCUAGCCAUCCACCUGGAUAGGGUAGCCAUCCCUACCAAUCAAAAUUGCUACUCCGGUCAACAUAAGCUACUUCUGCUAUUUGCUCAGCAUGAUUAUACAGCCACAAGAGUGGCUGUAUACUAUAGCCAGCCUGGAUUUUUCACAUUCCGCAAUGUUAAAUUGAAAAUACCCCCCAUUGGAUUCUGAUGCUACCCAUAAGCUCAUUUCAAAACAAAACCUUACAAAACUUAUAGUCCUGGACUCAGAAAUGCUUGCUUAACAACCCUGUCAAUUUUCAUGGUGAAACACAAAACAGUCAGAGAGAAUAGACAGUUCAAAGUCUAAAAAGAGAGGAAAAAACUCAGAACCCUUUUGGACUUUUUUCUGAGUUCUCAUAAUCUGUUGAAAUUCAUUAAAAAUCAGCCUUGGUCACAGAGUACCUGUAAUACUAUUACUGACCUUGCCCCAUACUCUGACCUUCAUCUUCUGCAGUUUAAAAGUUAAAAAAUGCCCGGCUGCUUUAUAAUUAAUUUAAGAAAUUUUGCCUUGAAAUCAAUGAUAGUGUCUGGCAUGUUCAGUAAGAACCAACUUUCAGUGUUCUAAAAGCCAGACUCACAGCUGUUGUGCUUGGCUAAUCGGGGAGCCACACCCACACUAGACUUUGAUUUCACUUGAGACAGUCAUGGCUUCCCCCAAAGAAUCCUGGGAAGUGUAGUUUGUUAAGGGUGCUGAGAGGAGACUCCUAUUCCAGUGACAGAGCUCCAGUGGCCAGAGUGGUUUAGCAGUCAGCCACUCUGAUUGAAGGUCUGUGAGGAGAACAGGGCAUUUCCUAGCAACUCUCAGCACCCUUCACUAACUACACUUCCCAGGAUUCUUUCAGAGAAGCCAUAAAAUAAAGGCCUGGUGUGGAUGUGGCCAGGAACAGCUUUGGUUUAAAUUUAGGUGGUGCCUGCUGUAGAAUAAAAAGGUGAGGGAAACGCUGAAAAGCAAUGAUACUGUUCACAAUGUUUUCCUUUUGGAAAGGAAAGGGUUUUCCCCUCUGCCCAGUGCCCACCCACCCAAUCUCCUCCCCUCCUCCUCCGCUCCCCCUCCCUCGGGUCAGUGUUGGACUAUGACCUGGGAGACCAGGGUUCAAAUCCCCACACAGCCAUGAAGCUGACUGGGUGGCCUUGGGCCAAUCACUGCCUCUCAGCCUCAGAGGAAGGCGAAGGUAGAACCACCUCUGAAUACCGUUUACCAUGAAAAACCUAUUCAUAGGGUUGCCAUAAGUUGGGAUCGACUUGAAUGCAGUCCACUUCCAUUUUCAAACAUGAUUGCACAGAAAUAAAUCCUGUUGAACUCAAAAAGUAUGCAAAUGAUCAAACCCACCCUCCCUUCUCCCUCCUAUCCCCUCCCUCUUGCCCCUCCCUCCCCUCCCCAUUCCAUUCCAAUCCCCACCUUCCCCUUCCUCCUCCCCAUGGUCAGUUUUACCUAUCUUAGGCAUGACUGCAUGGGAGUAAAUCCCACUGAACUCAAUAAACAUGUAAAUGAUCAAACCAGUCCUUCUCCCCUCCCCCUCCUGCCUUGUCAUAUCCCCCUCCUCCCCUCUGCCUUUCCUCCCCACCCUUCUCCUCCUCCCCUCCCCCUCCCCUCCCCAUCCUCUGUGGUCAGUUUCACCUAUCCUAAGCAUGAUUUCAGGAGAGCAAAUUCCACUGAACUCAAUAAGCAUGCAAAUGAUCAAUCCAUUCUCAGCAAAUUUGCACAGGGUCCCAUUUCUUACCUCCCAGAUUAAAAAGCAGAGAAAUUCACUAAUAGGCAAAAACACCAUGCGGUUUAAGAACAUACUUAUAGCCCACGAAUCUUUCUAUCAAACUUUUAAAAGCAGCAAAAUUAGGAAGCUAUAGUGAAUGCACCAGGGGAGCAGGAGACCUGACCUCCUCUCUGAGAUAUUGGACUGCCCUACAAAGUUGUCAAAAUGCAAACACAAUUUGAGUUGGUCUUUCACAGUCCAAUCCACUUCCUGUGUAGCUUGGAAGAAUUUGGUAAUACCACCCUAUUACUGAGACCAUUGUUAAGGGCCUGCAGAUUUCUAUGUCCCGUUGUGCAGAGUGGUGAGCAGGUUUUGAUUUCUCUCUUUUUUUCUCUGAUUGGUGAGGCUUUCCUGUUCCUGAUUCUACCAACUGGGAGUACCUGAGUGACCCUGACAGCUGGUAUAAGCCAGGCAACAUAGCAGGAGCCAAUCCAGUAUUUUGGCAAUACUUUCUUGGGUCUAUGGAGAUAAAACCCAUAAUGUCCAACUAGAGCUUCCCAUUGGCCUUUGUGGAAGAGCUGGGAAGACCAUGUUAUCCAUGGUUAAACUUACUACCUUUGGCAGUAGGGGCCAAGGGACACCACCACCUGGAUCAUGAGGGCCUUCUCGGUGGCUGCCCCUAGGCUUGGGAAUUCCUUCCUAGGGAGGUAAGAAUGACCCCCUCCUUGCAGUCCUCCUGCCGACAAGCAAAGACCUUCCGAAUUCCAACAAGCCUUUGGAAUUGAAGGCUAAGGAUAGGGCAUGAAGGGUGCUAUAUUUCUAAUGUUUAUUAUAUUAUUUUUAAACUAGUUUGAACUCUUUUAGCUAUAUGUGUGUAUGGUUUUAAUAUUGGAAAUUGUUUAAUCUUAUUUUAAUGUAGACUUUGUAUGUUUUUAAUUAUAUGUCUUUUUUAUCUGGAAGCCGCCAUGAGUUCCAGUUUUGGAAAAGUGGCGGGGUAUAAAUAAAGACAAUAAUAAUAAUAAUAAUAAUAAUAAUAAUAAUAAUAAUAAUAAUAAUAAUAAUAAUAACAAUAAUAAUAAUAAUCCGUUCCAAAAACACCCUCCCCAAUCAUUCAGGUAUUUACAAUCCCAUACCUGAUGAGCACCAGAAUUGGCAAAGGCAGAACAAUGGAUCAUGUUAUCAAUAGAAUAGUUACAGGAAGCAUGAAAAUCAUGAUAAUGUCGGCAGAAAGUGGGAUUCUGGGUGUGGUUAUUUCUCCCGUGCCCUUCAAGGGUGAAAUAAUGUUUGCAUUUACUUUCACCAACUUCUAUGCCUUUCUUUCCUUUGGUCUGGUAUCCCCAAAAACAGAACUCGGCCAAUUUUGGCAGGACCUACCAAACCCCAUUUUGUUGGGCCACAGGGGCUAUGUCCUAGGUAGAAUUUGAGCUGAACCAUUUCCAUUCCAUAGACAUAAAAUUGGAAUUGCUUCUUAAACCUUUUUAAAAAUGUUUUUAAUCUUAGAUUUUUUUUGAAAGCUGUAAGAAACGUUUUUAAAGCUGUUGUGUUUUAGUGUCAUCAAUGUCAUCAAUACAAUGUCAUUAAUAAGCUGAUGACACUCAACUCUGCCUCUCCCUUCCAUCUGAUGGCAAGAUGGGACUGUUUGUCCUGAACAGGUGCCUGGAAGCUGUGAAGGGCUGGAUGCGGGCAAACAAACUGAAACUUAAUCCAGACAAGACAGAAGUGUUGCUGGCCAAGGGAAAAACUGCCCUAAGGAUAGGGUUGCAACCUGUUCUGGAUGGGGUUGCACUCCCCUUGAAAGAGCAGGUACACAGUCUGGGAGUUCUUCUGGAUCCUGGCCUGCUGCUGGAAUAUCAGGUGGCUGGGGUAGCCAGUGCUUUUGGUCAUCUCAAAAUGGUCUACCAGCUGCAUCUGUUCCUGGAAGCAGCUGACUUGGCCACAGUGACACAUGCAUUGGUGACAUCGAGGCUUGAUUACUGUAACACACUCUAUGUGGAGCUGCCUUUGAAAACAAUUCGGAAACUACAGUUGGUCCAAAAUGCAGCAGCCAGAAUGCUAACUGGAGCACGGCGCAGGGAGCAUAUCACCCCUGUGCUUUCUCGAAUCCACUGGCUCCCAAUUUGUUUCCGGUCCCAAUUCAAAGUGCUGUUUUUGACCUUUAAAGCCCUAAAUGGCCUUGGACCAGUUUACUUAAGGGACCGGUUACGUCCAUAUGUUCCUAGCCUGCAUCUAAGAUCGUCUACCUCCGGUCUUCUCUGCAUGCCUGGAAUGAAAGAAGUUAGAUUGACAGGCACACGGGAGAGAGCCUUUUCAAUUGUGGCUCCCAGACUCUGGAAUUCCCUGCCCCAAGAAGCCCAUUUUGCUCCCUCCCUGAUGGCCUUCUGGAAACUUGUCAAAACUAUUUUGUUCCGGAGAACCUUUGGAUAGGACUGACGGGUCAGCCUGACACUGUUUUAAGCUUUUUAUUCGUCAUUUUUAAAUCUUAAAUUCUUUUAG